UUCGCGUCUCUCAUCGAGACGCAUUUCAGCACGCUGAUUCAUCCUCAUCGGCCCAGGUAGUCCGGCUGAAUGAAGCUGAGAUACCCAUGGAUAUUAACCAUAUAUAUGCGGCCAUCGCGGUCACUCUCUCAUGCUAAGUCCAUCUCUCCUUUAUUUUCAUCGCUUGUAGCUGUUCCCCAUCGCAUCCUACCAUGGUCGACCCUGCUGUCCUCCACAAUGCUCCAGCUCCCGGCGUACCAUAUUUCGUGCCCUUAGUACACCCGCCAGCUGGUACCGCUGCUGACCCACAGCCGGAUGGAAAAGAAAUACCAAGUCUAUUCAGGCCUCUUACGAUUCGUGGCGUAACGUUCCCGAACCGCAUUUGGCUUUCUCCCUUAUGCCAGUACUCGUCUGAGAAUGGUCUUAUCGGUCCGUGGCAGUUCGCCCAUCUUGGCGGAAUCUUCACUCGCGGACCCGGCCUCACCGUAGUCGAAGCGACCGCCGUUGCCCCCGAGGGCCGUAUCUCCCCUGAAGAUGCUGGGAUUUGGACGGAUGAACAGGCGGUGGCUUGGGCAAAGAUUGUCGAGUUCGCGCACUCCCAGAACCAGAAGAUCGCGAUUCAGCUCGCCCACGCCGGUCGCAAAGCUUCGACGCUCGCGCCGUUCAUCCAUAUGGGCGCGCCUGCAUUAGAGCAUCAAGGCGGCUGGCCCGAUGAGGUAGUCGGUCCGAGCGCGGUCCCGUACGAGGAUGGUUGGAUCGUACCGAAGGAACUGACGAAAGAGGGGAUCAAGAAGAUCGUCAAAGCUUUCGUCAACGCUGCGAAGCGGGCGGUGAAGGCUGGAUUCGACGUAAUCGAAAUUCACGGCGCACACGGGUACCUCAUCAGCGAGUUCUUGAGCCCCUAUUCGAACAAACGCACAGACGAGUAUGGUGGCAGUUUCGAGAACCGCAUCCGGCUUGCAGUUGAGGUUGUCGACGCUGUCCGUGGCGUCAUUCCGCCGACUACGCCUCUCCUCUUCCGCGUAUCCGGAACUGACUGGCUCGAGAAUGUGCUCUCGGCAGAGGAGUCAUGGAGCACGGAAGACACUGUCAAGCUCGCAGCCGUCCUCGCCGAGCAUGGCGUAGACCUCCUCGACGUCUCAUCCGGCGGGAACAGCCCUCUGCAGCAGAUCAAGGGUGUCCCCGGGUACCAAGUCCCGCUCGCUGAGGCAGUCAAGAAGGCACACGGUGACAAGAUUCUCGUGUCAACAGUCGGCGCUAUCUACGAGGGUAAGUUCGCCCAGAGUAUCCUCGACGAGGGGAGGUCCGACGUUAUCUUCGUGGGGCGCAUGUUCCAAAAGAACCCUGGACUGGUCUGGUCGUUUGCGGAUGAUCUCGGGGUUGAUAUCCGGCAGCCAGGUCAGAUCGAGUUGGGGUUCAAAGGGCGUCCCAAGCCCGCGGACAAGCAGUAGCGCACAGUAUGAUGAUGUUGUACAUUAUAGUCUAGACAUAAGUUUCAAGCCUCGUUUCGACCAAGGACGAUGAUAAUGCGACUAAGGCGUCGGUCGUGACUUGGUCUCUCCGCGCCAGCAUCAAUCUUCAAUAGCGCCAUUCGGGAGCCACCAUGCGCUCGCUCACACGAUUGCCGCGUCUACAUGUGCCGAAGCCCUAAAGCAGAGGAACGCUUCGAUCUCACCCGAACAACAUGAUGUGCAAAACGAAAAGGCCAGAUGCUGAUGGGAAUGAUACGCAAGCACAGAGGCCGGAUCCCUCUGCAGUUCUGCAGGAGCUGGUGCGCCAAAAGACAAUCAGUACUUAUGACGAGCUCGUCGUCUUCCGUAUUUGCCAGCUGAUCAAUCAUUCUUGCGGAGUGAACAAAACAGUCGAGCAUCGGCGAGCUGCGCCUUUGCAUGCAAACCUUCACGAAGCCAAAGGGCGAAAUAACCUGAAUUCCCUGAUACCCAGAGAAAGAGCUCUCACAAAGACAUGCCUCAAGCCGAGUUGUGGAUGGAGAGGAGCGAUAGACACGCCGGAACGUCUGGAACGUCUCAGUGAGAGAUAGAACGCCGUUACGGGCAAAGACGUUGAAAUGCAGCCGUGCGGAGGACAGUCGC